GUCGAGUCGCCCUGGAAAGGGAGCGGGGGGCGGUAUUUCCACUUCGGCUGGCGAUGCAGAGGGUGUGUUCCUUGUUAAGACGAUGCACGAUCCUUCUCAUUAGCUGGAAUGAGUCCCGCUUUGGUUGACCCUCCUUUUGAGAGCUGCAAGAAAACCGAGUCCCGGUGCCCUGGUUUCAGAGCUGUGGCUGGGGGUGUGCACAGCUGGGUCAAAAAUACUCUGAAACGCCGCGGGAAGUCGGCAGUAACCGAGCGCGGCGCUCCGGUGCCCUCGGAGUUCGGUGCCUGCAGCCCGUGCCGCUGCCCUGCGCAGCCGAGUUACUGUUUGCUGUGCCCCUGCCCGUGACUCUUCCAGGGAAGACAGAGGCCGUUCUCCGCAGAGGGACUUCCACAUCCUCUUCGUGCCGCGCCGCAGCCUGCUCUGCGAGCAGUGGCUGAAGGAGCAGGGCGUGCUGGGGUCCUUCAUCCACCGAGAGCAGUACAGCCUGGACCUGAUACCCUUCGACGGAGACCUGCUCUCCAUGGAGUCCGAGAGCGCCUUCAAGGAAUGUUACCUGGAGAGUGACCAGACCAGCCUGUACCAUGCGGCAAAGGGGCUGAUGACGCUGCAGGCUCUCUACGGAACCAUCCCGCAGAUUUUUGGAAAGGGCGAGUGUGCUCGGCACGUGGCCAAUAUGAUGAUCAGGAUGAAGCGCGAGUUCCCUGGAAGCCAGAACUCAAUAUUUCCCGUCUUUGAUACCCUCCUGCUGCUGGACCGCAACGUUGAUCUGCUGACACCGUUGGCCACGCAGCUGACCUACGAGGGGCUGAUAGAUGAAAUCUAUGGAAUUCAGAACACUUAUGUGAAACUUCCUCCCGAGAAGUUUGCCCCGAAGAAGCAGGGUGAGGGUGGGAAAGAUCUCCCCACAGAACCCAAGAAGCUCCAGCUGAACUCUGCUGAAGAGCUGUAUGCUGAAAUCCGAGACAAGAACUUCAAUGCUGUGGGGUCAGUGCUGAGCAAGAAAGCCAAGAUCAUCUCAGCAGCCUUUGAGGAAAGACACCACGCGAAAACCGUCGGAGAGAUUAAGCAGUUUGUCUCCCAGUUGCCACACAUGCAGGCAGCACGAAGUUCUCUAGCAAACCACACCUCCAUUGCAGAGCUCAUCAAAGACAUCACCACAUCCGAAGAUUUCUUUGAUAAUUUAACAGUGGAACAAGAGUUCAUGUCUGGAAUAGACACAGACAAGGUGAACAAUUACAUUGAAGACUGCAUAGCUCAAAAACACCCAUUAAUCAAGAUCUUGCGUCUCGUUUGCUUGCAAUCUGUGUGCAAUAGUGGACUGAAGCAGAAGGUUCUGGACCAUUACAAAAGAGAGAUUCUCCAGACUUACGGCUAUGAACAUAUAUUGACCUUAAACAACUUAGAAAAGGCUGGACUCCUGAAACCUCAGACAAGUGGUAGGAAUAACUACCCAACAAUCAGGAAAACCCUGCGCUUAUGGAUGGAUGAUGUUAACGAACAGAACCCCAACGACAUCUCCUACGUGUACAGCGGCUACGCUCCGCUGAGCGUACGCCUGGCACAGCUCCUGGCCCGGCCAGGCUGGCGGAGCAUCGAGGAGGUUCUAAAGAUGCUGCCAGGUCCCCAUUUUGAGGAGAGGCAGCAGUUACCUACUGGCCUUCAGAAAAAGCGUCAGCACGGUGAGAACCGAGUCACGCUGGUGUUCUUCCUGGGAGGUGUAACGUACGCAGAAAUUGCUGCACUGAGGUUUCUGUCCCAAAUGGAAGAUGGAGGCACAGAGUACGUCAUUGCCACUACAAAACUCAUCAACGGAACAAGUUGGAUCAAAUCCCUGAUGGAAAAACUGGAGCCCGCCCCUUUCUAGGGUCUGCGGCGAGAGACUCAACGCGAGAGGCCCUGUGCGACACGGGCACAUCAGCUUCUGGUCUUGCGGCACGGCUGUGUCCGCGUCGGGAAACGCGACAGCGAGAGCAGCUCUCCUGAGACCAGUUCGUGAUGCAGCUACCCUCACCCCGCUCUGCACUCGUGUUCCUACUGUUUGCAGAGUUUCCUAGUGGACAACCCGUGCUGAAGGGCACGAACGGUGGGAGGAGGAGAGAUCCCUGCUCAUGGCCUGAACUGGCAAACAAGCGCUGGGGGAGCGGGGAUUUGGCGUGGGCCUUCUAUUUGGCAAAUUGCUGCUUUUUUUUUUUUCUUUCGGUUUAGUUCCAGUGGGAGAUGUGAUUCCUUCUUUAUCCCCUCCUAAGGUGCUGGGGAGGCAGGAUGUUUUCCGUUCCUGGUUUCACACCAGUAUUCCCAGCCUGUCUUUCUCUCUGUGGUGCCCAAUACAUUC